UGGCAAAAGAGAAUCAUAGUCUCACCGCCAUCGACAACAGCGAUCAUCGAGCGCAUGUCCCCAGAGCCGCCUUCUAUCGCAGCCCAAGCGACGCCCUGCAGCGCAUCUCACACCAUGACGCCCGGCCCUGGUGCCGAAGGUCACAAUGCCGCCUACAAGUCGGCUGGGUUCCGCAGCAGCCUCGCAGCCCAGAUCAUGUCAGGCAACUUUAAGGCAGAUGUCGUGUCCGCUGGCGGUAAUCGGAUGGCGAGGUCGAUGGCCGCAGGCUCCACGAAAAACGCGAAUGGCGACGCGUCUUCGUCGCUAGGCUCGGAUGAGGCGCGAAACGCAACGCUGGCUCACAUGAUCAACGGUGGGUCUUCCAACAUGAUGGGCGGUUCGCGAUCGCACGAUCGAGACGAGGACGGCGAACACAGUGACGUUAUUGCGCCGUCUUCUCGACCGACUAAACGCGCAAGACGAGCAGAUGAAGAAAAGGAGGUCCUACUACAGUCGAAUGAAGUGCCUCAACUCAGGCUAGAUCUAGACCGCUACAAAUAUGCCCCAGGCAAUCGUGGCCCAGCAAGUGGCCCCUCCAGCACAGGGCCAUCUGCAAGGCGAUCGCGCAAGACAUCCAAUUUCAACUCGGACGACGACUCCAUGUCCGAGGGCGAUGCACCCGCGAACGGAGGCGGCGCACCGGGACGAAAGCGUCGCUUCAGGCUCGGGAACAGCGCCCCUUCAAUACGUGCAAUGGCUUCCAGCGACGACUCGCAGUCACGACCCCGACCACAGCCGCCGUCCAAGUCGCCGGCACCUCAAGCGCAGAAAGCCACCAAAGCGCAGCGCCUCAAUACACUCUAUCCGGGAUUUACGUUGCCCUUUGUCACCUCCCUUCUUGCAUCUCACUCCGAGUCCGUAACGAAGACGAUGGACGCGCUCAACGAGCUGGUGCAAGCUAGUCCACUGCCAGCAAUCGAUACGCUGUCCGCAGACCACCAAAAGCUCCUCAUGAAGUACAUGAGCAUCUUCCCUGAAAUCAAGAGCGAUGGCGUGCAGAGGGCGCUUGAAAAUUUCGAUUGGGAUGAGGAAAGAGUGGGAGAGCACCUGGAUAUGAUGUGUCAGAUCCGGACAAUGGGUACAUACGCGCCACGAGUCAAGGUGCAACCCAAGCCGCUGAACAGCAUAGAAGAAGGCUCGAAUGGUACGACAAAGCUCGAGUCACCGAGUCACCCACUCUCGUCAAUCGAGUCGAGCUCGCGGUCGCUUGUGCUAUCGAGCUCGCAGCAAGGCGCUUAUGGCGCAAGCAGUACAGGAGCACGGUCUCCAGCGCCUGCGGUGGCUCGAGCGUCAUUAAAGGAGGAACGCUCGCCUGCACCCGUUUUCAAUCUCAACGGCGCUACUCAGGGCAAGCCUCAGGGGAGCACAGAUGCGGAUGUCAUCGUCAUCGAAUCUUCUCCGCCCCAGCAACAGCAGAAAAGCCGACGGCCCGUUGAGGACGACGAAACAGACCUAAGCGACGCGGCCUCGGAAGCUGCAUCGCAAGAUCGCGAGGACAUGCAGGCCGCAGCUGCGCUCAAGUGGUUCAACACGUCCGACAUGCCCGCGUUGAUGGACACGAUCAACUGCUCUGAGGCGCAGGCCAAGAUGUUGAUUAUCAUGCGCCCUUUUGCAAGUGUCGACGACGUAAACGAGCGCCUAGGUGACAAGAAGGUGAAGGGCGUCACGCCAAAGCUGUUCAAUAACUGCGUGGAGCUCAUGGCAGGGUACAGCGAGGUGGAUGAGGUGCUGGAGCGCUGCGAGCGGAUCGGGAAGAAGCUUAUGAGCGAGAUGAGCGCCUGGAACCUCGAUGGCGCGCACACGGCCGGCAGCACGCGAGAGAACACGCCUUCGUCAGACGCUGGUGAUGGAGAUGCCGCGACAGCCGCGGGCUCAGGUGCGACCAGCGGCCCUUCGACAAAGGGCCAAGGCCUCCGCGUUGUGGCCCUCACUAGGGAGACAGCGCGUGCGGCAGGCUACCUCGAGCGGCAGCCAGAGAACAUGGCGACGAGCUUCGAGCUGAAAGACUACCAGCUGGUUGGAGUCAAUUGGCUCACAAUGCUCUUCAGCAACAAGCUCUCCGCCAUCCUCGCCGACGAGAUGGGCCUCGGCAAGACAGUUCAAGUCAUUGCCUUCCUCGCCAAUUUGAAGCUCCGCGACGUCCCUGGGCCGCACCUGAUUGUCGUGCCGAGCUCGGUGCUGGAGAACUGGAAGCGCGAGUUCAAGGCAUUCGCCCCAUGCGUCCGGCUCUUCUCAUACUGGGGCUCGAUGAAGGAGCGCGAGGCGCUGCGGUAUGACUACGAGGACCAGGUACAGGACGAGGGCGUGGACGUCGUCCUCACCACGUACGACAUGGCGGCUGGGGGCGGCUCCUCCGGUUAUCUCGACGCUAAGUUUUUCAAGAAGAGAGGCUUCAAUGCCUGCGUAUUUGACGAGGGUCACUUGCUCAAGAACCGCAAGUCAGAGCGUUACCAGAAGCUAAUGAAGAUUCCGGCGAAAUGGCGCCUGCUUCUCACCGGCACUCCUCUGCAGAACAAUCUCGGCGAACUUGUUUCACUGCUCAAUUUCAUCAUGCCAAGCUACUUCCGAGAUGCGGACGAGGCAUUAAAGGCUAUCUUCAAGAUCAAACCAGGCCAGUCACACAAGAAUAUGCUGUCUCAGCAGCGCGUCAUACGUGCCAAGAAGAUGAUGCAGCCAUUCGUCCUACGGCGCAAGAAGGACAAGGUCCUGCGCGACUUGUCCAACAAGCACGAGAUUGUAGAGUGGUGCGACAUGACGCCUGACCAGGAGAGGGUGUACAAGCAGGUGUGGGCGAGCACCAAGGCUGCCGUCCAGGAGGGGGAAGAGCAGAAUGCCAGCAAGGCCAAAUCCAAGACGGGCAGGACACUCAGCAAGAAGCCGGCGUCUAGCAACGUGCUGAUGGAUCUGCGAAAGGCCGCGAACCACCCUCUGCUUUUCCGGAAUAUCUAUGACGAGAAGAAAAUAGAGAGAUUGGCCAAAGAUUACGUCAAAGAGCCAGAUCAUGCUGAUGAGAACCUCGAGCAUGUCAAGGAGGACUUUGCCAUCAAUUCGGAUGCGCAGCUUUCCAUGGUCGCUAAUUCAUACCCUUUCACGCGGAAACACGUAUUACCGGACGAAGCCUGGCUGAAUGCAGGCAAGAUUCAGGCGCUCCAACGUCUUAUCCCCAAGAUCAAAGAGCGUGGUGAUCGAUUGCUCAUAUUUUCACAAUUCACCACGGUGCUUGAUAUUUUGACAAUCGCACUGGACGUGAUGAAGGUCUCCUGGGUUGGAUUCACCGGCCAAACUCGCGUAGAGGAUCGACAGAUCCUCGUCGAUCAAUUCAGCAACGAUCCGAGCAUUACUUGCUUCCUGCUCUCGACCAAAGCAGGCGGCUUGGGCAUCAAUCUUACAGCGGCGAAUUGGGUUGUGCUGUUCGACCAGGACUUCAACCCGCAGAACGACAAGCAAGCCAUGGAUCGGUGUUACCGUAUGGGUCAGAAGAAGGACGUCACUGUCGUCAGGUUGAUCUCGCGUGGCACAAUCGACCAGAGCAUCUGGGAGCUCGGCACCCGCAAGUUGGAGCUCGCGAAUCGCGUCUCGGACGACACGGCUGGAGGCGAGCAGCGAGGAAAAGCAGCAGGCUCAGCUGGCGCAGGCGACGACGACCGCGACAGCGCGGCGGAGGACUGGGAGGAAGAAGCGGAUGAUAUGGUGCAGCAGCAGAUUACGCAUUCGCUCAUGGCUGAGCUCCGAGACAAGGAUGCCAAGAAAGAGCUGGAGCAGCUACAAGGAGCUUCAGAAGCCAAGAAGAUUGCUACAUAGAGGAGCCUUCGAAGUUGGAGAACCGUUCACCGCCUCGAUCCUGACAGCAAGGUCUGCCGCAGGUAGAUCAUGGUUUAGAAAUACAGUGCAUGCUGCUCAGCUUCUCCAGUGUGGAUAAAUACAGGUACAAUGAUAUGCUGCGCCGUGGUGCCGCGCGGCAUCUGCGGCGUCGUUCACUUUUGAAUCUCGU